AUGAAAUAUAAUUUUUUACCUGCUCUUUUUGUAUUCAGUGUAAAAUGUGCAACGUUGGAGACUACAAAGGAACCUUCGAAUGACGUAAACCAGACAACAUCUUAUAAGAUAUCUUUAAGUGAAUACCAAGCGACCCCAGUUUCGUUGGAUAAGAAACGAGACAUGAAAUCGUUAUGGGUGUAUCAUCCACCAUCGUUGCAGUCUCAAGGGGAAGACCAAGAGGUCCAAAACGCGUUGUUCAAGGCUCCACAUUUGCUCACGAGACUCGCAAAGCCGUUCAACUUUGGCAUAGAUCCAUACUUUAGCAAGGACUAUUUCGCACCAUUUGAAAGAAGAAAUAGACCUAUAACUCUAGUGGCUUUUAGAAGAAAUGCUUUGAUGCCUCGCAGAAGUGUUCGUCAAAGCGAGUCAGCAGAAGUUGCGGAGUUACAGUCACCAUUCAAUGAAGUCGGCGCUUUGUGGCGGGAAGACCCGGAUAUAUUUAAUUUAUAA